UGACUGUGUCUAGUAAAAGGGACCACUUUGACGAUUCUAGUUUCCGAGUUAUAUGCAUUUUUACAAAAUUUGCCGAAAAUAUGUAAAAUGGAUUUUUGUUACUAAUCGGUUAUUAAUACCUUAAAUAUCAUUUUGUGUAAAAUAAUACCUGUAUAAUUACAAUAUUUCAAUAUCCUAAUAGGUCACGAAGUUUAGUACCAAGGGUACCACUUUAAGGUAAUAUUUUACAGGCGAAAUAUUUUGAUUUAUUUCGAUCGCUGUUAUGCAGGGAAGUGAAAUAAUAAGUUGAGGGUAGGAUAAGGGGGGCGGGGGGCGAAGAUUGGGCGGUAAGCGUGGCGCGGCGCGCGCGUCGCUCACUCAGUUAGCUGGCCGGCGCGUACUCGUACGCACAUGUUAGUUGAGCAUUGCCACGCGCCGUAAAACAUCGUGAUUUUUAUCUAUGCGAGCUGCGAAUAUACAUUGUGUUUAAGUACCAAGUUUAUAACGUCACAUUUCAUCAUGGAAGACGAUACUCAAAUUUUGUUUACUGAAUAUGAUGGCGAUCAGCAGCAAACACUACAAACAACAGCUUCACAUUCAGCACAGACAUCGACGACGAAACCAAAAGAUGGAGCUUCUCAUGGAAAAUUGGAGUGUGAUUACGGUCAAUGCACAGACAUAGAUUUAAGAAAUUUUGAACAGGAGUAUUUAAAAUUCAUAAAAAAAAAUUCUGAUGAAGAAAAUCAUGAGCCUCCUAUCGAUGAUAGAUGCGAAAUAACUGGCGUUGAAUUAGUUGUACCAGAAGACCCAUCUCGUAAUUUUUUUUCUGAUACUGACGAUUUUCUCAACCAAUUGGAAAACCAUGAAGAACAACGGAUAUUUAUCGACGGUUGCGGCUGUGCUAUGUCAUGCCAAGAAAAAUUUCCCCGUGAAGCUGUGCUACAGUCCAGAUUAGAAUCACAGGAAAUGAAUACCAAAUGCGACCUAGGCCAUAAUCAUUUAAAUUUGUUUACUAUGGGUGCUCUUAAUGCUCUAACUCGUCAAGGGUCCAAUACUCUUAAAACAAACAAAAACAAAACAAAGGUAAGGAAAGCAGCUCAUACAACUUUUUUUUUUCAAGGCAUAGCUGUUUGUAAGAACUUUUUUCAGUUUGUUUAUGCAUUAGGGGAAAAAAGAUACAAAAAUAUUAAGAGCAAAGUACUUAAAGGAAAUUUAGCAACAGUGUCCUCUCCUCAUAAUUUCACGUUGAUAAGAACCAAUAAUGCCCAGCAAACAAUUGAUGCUGUAUUAUUCAAAAAAUCUUUCUCAGAACAAAAUUCAUUAGUCUUGCCAGGCCGCGUUCCAAGUUUUCAUAAUCCUGACUUACAUAUUUUACCCAGUUCAAUGAAUAAACGAUACGUGUAUGAUAAGUACCAAGAAGCGAGCAAAUUGUCCGAAAGAGAUGCUGUGAGUUUAAGAACUUGGUACAGAUUAUGGCAAACCUAUGCUCCAAAUAUUGUCAUUCAAAAGCCUCGAACGGACCUGUGUACAAAAUGCCAAGAAAAUAUUACAGCUUUAGGUAAAAUGCAAGGCUUAGAUGAAAAUGAAAAGCGCGGAUUGAUUGAAAAAUCGUCCCAACAUUUAGAUUUAGUUCAAACUGAACGUGCCUAUUACAAACAAUUGAUUGACACGUCAGCAGAUGUAUUCGGAAACCGGAAACUAGGGCAAAACCAGCCAUGCUCAUCGCCAGGAAAAAUGCAUUACUCGUUUGAUUUUGCGCAACAGGUACAUUUGCCUCAUAGCUCACAGCAAGUUGGACCUCUUUACUUUUUGGCGGGAUAUAAAAUCGGUUUGUUUGGCAUAGCCGCGGAGCCACUAAAACAAUUUGUGUUAUAUAUCAUCCCAGAAGCUUGCAAUACUGGAAAAGGUUCGAAUACCGUAAUCUCACUCCUAGACCACUUUUUCAAUAAUUUUGGGCUGGGUGAAACAGACGUCAUUUGUCAUGCUGAUAAUUGUAGCGGUCAAAAUAAAAAUAACUUCAUGAUGCAGUACGCAUUAUGGCGUACACUAACGGGGAAACAUAAAUCAUUUCAACUUUCUUUUUUGCCCGUUGGACAUACCAAAUUCGCGCCGGAUUUAUACUUCGGACUAUUUAAAAAAAAGUUCCGUCUUUCCAAUUCAAACACAGCCAGAGAUGUGUUGGAGUGCGCCGUUUCAGCUUGCCAUAAUUCAGACACAGUUACGGCAGUUCUUGUCGGUAAUGAAACUGGUGAUAUAAUGAAUGUGCAUUCAUACAAUUGGGCCGAUUUCUUUAAAAAGAAAUCUCCGCAAAGCGUGACACAGCUGCUCUCUUACAACCAUUUCAAAGCGUCUAUUGAUGAUCCUGGAGUCCUGCAUUGCACCAAAAAGUUUGAUGAUCAAGAUGUUAAAAACGUCGCAGUUUUUAAUUCCACUUGUGAUUUCACACAAAAUGCUAGUCCGACUGUAAUACCUCCUACAAGGCUAUCGUUUGAGCGACAACAGUAUUUGUUCCAAAAAAUUCGUGUCUAUGUUUCCCCUGAGGCUCAAAAUGUCUUGUGUCCAGAACCUAUAAAAAUCGUUGCAAUAAGUGCUAUAGAAGAUCCGUUACUUGACGUCGAAAUGCCGCUCAUAGAUACUGAAUCAGCCACCCCGUCGACGUCGGCGCUCACAGUAGUGGAAAGCCAAAAACGAAAAACACCCAAAUGCGGCUACUGUGGUGAAAUGGGCCACAGAAAUCAAAAAAGGAGUAAUGUAUAUUUUUGUAAAAAAAGAGAACUUGAUGAGCGCCUUGAAUCCAGUUAACUGUAUUUACCAAGUAAAAAAAUGUGAUUUAUUUUGAUUAUAGUAAGUACUUUAAUUUGACAAGUUGUUGUGUGUGAUUUUUUUAUUUUUGUAAACAAGUAAAGUUUAGUGACAAAGUGGUACCUGACUUAGUAUAUUAAUUAUUUUUUCCUUAGAAAUGUAUAAAAUGUAGAAGAAACUUACUUUAAUGUUGAAAAAUAUUUACUUUACUAUUUAACAUAGUGACAACACGUUAUAUUUUAUUAUAAAAACAUGUUAAAUAGUAGUUAUUUUACUUGUGACACUAAACUUUACUAAGCCCCCCAAGUGGUACCCUAAUUAUUCUUCCAUAGUAAAAUGAUCGUCAAACCACUAAACUUAAAACACGAUAAUUUCUCUAAAUAUUGCAUUAAGUAUCGUUAAUUAUGUUUGGAUCUCUGUGCUAAAGUAUAUUUUGGCUAAUUUUGUGAUAUAACUUAAAAAAUAUAUAUUAUUUAGUUGAUUUUUGUUUAUGAGACUGAUUAGAACUGAUUUAUAGAAAUGUUAGUAUUUUCGAUUAAAAACAUAGAAAAUACUGGUCUUUUUUUAUUUUUUCCCUUCUAUUAUUGCCUAAAAUAUAUUACCAUAAUUAAUAAUUCAUUGUUUAAAAGGUAUUUUCUUAAGAUUAUGAGUAAUUAAGAUACUUGAUUUUUUUCCUACUCCUGCAAGUUCUUCCUUGACUACCUUCCAAAUCAUUAUAGUUAUUGAGACCAUUGAUGCCUGAAUUUAAUCUUUGAUAAUACUAGAUUAGCUUGAUACCAAUCAUUCCAUAACUUCCUAGUAGAAGUGUAUUUUUCACGAGCAUAAACUUUAAAAUCAAUUUUCUCGACUCGUACAUUUUGCCUACUGCAUGUUUAAAAAUGUAUAAAAAAAUAAUUAUUGCACCUAGGAAAACGAUUCUUUUUUUACUGAAUAGCUAAUUUUACCUAGUUUUAGGAGAUAUUAAUAACUCCAUACCGGUAAAGUGGUCCCUUUUCCCAGACAC